AUGCGUUUUGUUCACCUGGUUCUGGUCAUCAUUUGCUUGCAAGGUUUGUCGACUACAAAGCCCUAUCUAAUUUUUUUUGUGUCCUAACUUUUCGGGUUGACGACAGUUUGGGUCAACACAAAAUCGGUCAAUACGGGUCGUAGGGCAGGUGGAUACGCGAAAAAAAGGUUGUAGGAAGCGCCUACGAGGCUGGGCAAAGUCGUGGGAUGGCCGGCGGACGCUCGGCGAAGACUCGGCGGGGACUUGGCGAAGACUUGCAAUAUGUCCACUUUUUCUUACCUUAGCUAUUACUAACGUUAUUUUUCUUUACCCUGAGUUAUUGUAAUAAAGAUAUAAAACAUCAAAAUUUGCGGCAAAAAACUAAGAUCCGUAACUUUUUUCUAGAUAAUAUUGAUGCGAGUACAUGUAAAAUGCCUCAAAAUAGUUGAUAAGCUAUCUUAGUACCCGAUCAAUCUUAUUAUUUCUACUACUAAGCUUUCUGCUAGCCUCACCAAUGCAUACAACGACGAACCGAGGGCAUCCAUAGUAUCGUUGACCCGAGCUGUCGCUGACCCGAAAAGUCGUAGCGCAAAAAUCUAUAUCUUCGUGGACCACUCUGUAUUGUUUAUUACGAUGAUAACUCCGAUUAUUUUCCAGCCGCAGUCAACUGUGAAUGGUGUUAUGUUUGCUCGGACAAUGAAGCGUUCGUUGAGAACUCAGGAUGGGGAGGAGAGCAGCUCGGGAAAUGCGAUAAAAUCCGCUCCAAUCCUCCUGUGUGGUGUACGUACGGAUGCAUGAGACACGUUAUGAAUGCAGAUGUUUUAGGGUUUGGUAAGUUUCGGGGGUCGUUUUACCCUACGUGCUAUGUAUUAUAGCACGUAGAUUUUUGUAAUUGCAAGUGAGACAUUUUAAAUUUCAGGAAGGAAAAUCGACACCGCCUCUUGCGCUGAGGAGGAGCUAAACUUGGAACGACCGACGUUCCUCGAGCGGAUGAAGGUUAGUUGAAAAGAUGUCGAAAAAUUCUGGGCUGGUCAACGGGUCUUGACAUGCUUUUGCAUCGUGCAACGGGGUCGCAAACAGAGAUUGCCACGGUCAAAAUUUCGGCUCCGGCUCCGGCUCUUAGCUCCCAGAGCCGGAGCCGAGGCCAAAUUUGCAGCUCCGGCUCCGGCUCUUGGCUCCGUGUAAAAUUUAAAAAUGCCUCCGGCUCCGAAUCCCGGCUCCUAUGCAAAAUGUUUUUUUUAAAAUAUUUUUCCAAAAAUAAAAGUUUAGUGCCAGAGAUCAUACAGCUAACGUUUUUGCAGUCAAGUGACGUCCUCCGCAGUGUUUUUUCAAGCAAUUUUCUUUAACAAGAUCACAAAAUUUUUACUUUUCUGACCGAUGGGAAGCCUGGCUCCGACUUUGGGCUCGGGAGCCGGAGCCGACCCCAAAAUUUCCGGCUCCGGCUCUGGCUCCCGGCUCGGAGCCGGAGCCGCUCAGAGCCGGAGCCAAGAGCCGGCUCCGGAGCCGUGGCAAUCUCUGGUCGCAAACUGGCCUUACGCGACAAAAAAGACAAAUUCAAGUCCUUGCGGAGAGUCGCUGACUGGUUUUUGUUGCUUGCAAGAAAGCAUUCUUGGUGGUGACCAGAGAUUGCCACGGUCAAAAUUUUGGCUCCGGCUCCGGCUCUUAGCUCCCAGAGCCGGAGCCGAGGCCAAAUUUGCAGCUCCGGCUCUGGCUCUUGGCUCCGUGCAAAAUUUAAAAAGGCGUCCGGCUCCGAAUCCCGGCUCCUAAGCAAAAUGUUUUUUUAAAAAUAUUUUUCAAAAAAUAAAAGUUAUUAGUGCCAGAGAUCAUGCAGCCAACGUUUUUGCAGUCAAGUCACAUCCUUCGCAGUGUUUUUGAAGCAAUUUGGUUUAACAAGAUCACGAAAUUUUUACUUUUCUGACCGCUGGGAAGCCCGGCUCCGACUUUGGGCUCGGGAGCCGGAGCCGACCCCAAAAUUUCCGGCUCCGGCUCUGGCUCCUGGCUCGGAGUCGGAGCCGCUCAGAGCCGGAGCCAAGAGCCGGCUCCGGAGCCGUGGCAAUCUCUGGUGGUGACCAAGCAUAACUUUGUGAGAAUAUAAGGCACCAGAAUUUGUAGCCGGUGAUGUUGUUGUAUCUUGUAACUUUUAUAUUUUUAGGGAACUAUCCGUGCAACCUGUGAUGGGGUAAAUGUUGACGACAAGAACGAAUGGUUUGAAUUGAACCAGCAGGGAAAGAAGUGUCAAUGUGUUGGCAACUACUGCAAUGAUCCCGACACACCUUCUUAG